AUGGAAACUUUUGGAAAAAUAAAAGAUAUUAAAUUUAAAUUAGUACGUCAAUGGCGUAGCGCUCUAAUAGAAUAUGAAGAUCAUCAAUCAAUGGAAACCUUAAAAGAAACAUGGAGUAUUAGAUUUUUGAAAGAUGAUAUUAGAAUAAUGCCAGCAAUUUUUAAUAAAGAAGAAGCAUCAGCAAGAGAAAACCAUGUGGUAAAAAUAGCAAACCUACCAUAUGGCACCACUGCAUAUGAUCUGGAUGAAAUUAUGAAAACAGUUAAUGCAAAAACAUGCAUAAUACCAAGAACCCUCAAGAAAUAUGACAGAAAAAGAUUUGGAUAUGUCUAUUUUGAAAAAGAUGAAGAUUUAAGCAAAGCAACCCUAUCAAAUUUUGAGUUCGAAAAUUACGAAUUACAAUGGGUAGAUGAAAUGAGUAAAACAUGCCAUCUGUGUGGAGACCAUACACAUGUUAUCAAAGAAUGUCCUGAGAAACAGGAGCGUAAAGAAAAAAGACAAGAAUUUUACAAAUAUGCCAAUGUAUAUAACAAAUACAAUGUAACAAAACACAAAAUUCUCACAAACAAUAAUAAACCAUCAUAUGCUGAAAAGGUUAAAAAUUCUACAAAUCAAACACAACAAAUCAAUAAAGGAGACAACAAUAAAUUAUUAGACCUUAUCAAAGAAUUAGGGAAAAAAGUGAAUGAUCUAACAUCCUCAAUAACAAAGCUUAAUGGUUGUAUCGAAGCAAUUGAAAUUAAAUUAUCAAAACCACAGAUUUUUACAUCAAAACCUCAAACAAAUAAUCCAUAUGAAUCUCAAUUUUAUAAUUUUCAAAAUGUUCAUAACAAAAUUAAUCAUAAUAAAACAUGGUAUCCAUGA